AUGCAUCCCCUCUCCCAUCUCAUCCUCUCCCUCAUCCUCCUCGCAACCUCAACAGCAGCCCUCCCAGCAACACCAGCAACACCCACAACCCCACCACCAACAUCAACAUCCUCACCAGACACACAACAACCUCCAAUCCAGCCCUUCCUCCCCACCACCGGCGCGGCCCUCCUCCCAACAGGCAUCCCCGCCUCUCCACGCCCGAACCCGAACCAGCCUCAAUCACAAUCACCAGCACCAUCACCAAUCUACACAACCCUCACCCCCAAAUUCCCCCCCUCAAACUCGUCCUCCCCCUUCCCAUCAGGGCACCACAACUCCACAUCGCCCUGCGCAUCAGGCCGACCCCUCCGCCUAGGCCCAGCCCGCCUCCACAAGAAACCUCACACCCAAACCUCCUUACCAUCGUCCCCUCCGCAGCCAACAAACACACCUCAAACCGCAAUUCCCGCCGAAGCUACCGCAGCCGCAGGCAUCGCCGCCGCCGUAGCAGCAGCACUAGAAAAGCCCACAGACUCCGGCCCCCGAAACUACGCCUCCCUCAUCCCCCCGGCGCCCGGCGUGACCCCCCGUCCGGAGCCGAACCUCGCCGAAAUGGGAUACUACCAGACGACGUACUACUCCUGCGCGACCCAAGGCACCUCGACCCACUGCGGCUGGCACAGACCCAUCAUGGUCGCGCCCGCGAACAACGCUGGCGCUGCCGUCGUGGACCGCAAAGCCGGCGUCGGGGCGUUGGUCGUCGCCUUCGUCGUCGGUGUCUUCGUGGGCAGAUGA